GGCGGGGCUGAGGCUGCGGACCCGGGAUUUAGGCCGGCCGGACGGCGACUUGACCCCGGAAGUAGGCUAAAGGACCGCGGCGGCGGGCGGCGGCGGGCAGCGGCGGCUCUCAGACAGCAACAGUAGCGGCUAUGUUCCACUUCUUCCGAAAGCCUCCAGAAUCCAAAAAGCCCUCGGUAUCGGAACCAGAAGCAGAUGGAUUUGUCCUCUUAGGAGAUACAGCUAAGGAAAUGAGAUGUAAACCUUCAGAAGCAGAGAGCAGCCAGUCUUUAGAGACUGGCAAAGCAGACACAUCCAGUGUGACUGUAGCAGGCCCUGAGACAGAAGAUCAGGCAGGUUGGACUCUGGAGAACACGUCCCAAACAGCCGAGCUCCUGAGCGACGUGCCCUUCACCUUGGCCCCACAUGUGCUGGCGGUGCAGGGCACCAUCGGCGACCUUCCUGACCACUUGCUCUCCUAUGAUGUCAGCGACAACUUGUCCCGAUUCUGGUAUGAUUUCACUCUUGAGAAUUCAGUACUCUGUGACUCCUAGUCUUCGUGUCCACACACACCCUAACAGCUUUAACGAAAACUAGUUUGCCCAUUUUUUUGAACCUGUUCGACGUUCCUUGUCAUUUCAACCUUAAUGCCUAGAGGCAAGCAGAGAUCAUAAAAUAAGUAAAAUAACACCAUAUUCAUAGUUUUAUUCUUCAGAAUGAAGCAAAUUUAUAUAAAAAUUGUAACCAACAAUUUAAUAAAGGGAACUCACUUUGGAAAAAAGUAAGAAGUUAGAUCACCCUUCUGGUAGAGGGAAAGUGACGUUGUUGAGAUUAUGGGAGGUACAGAGUGUUUUUGCUCUCUCUGAAGACCAUAUAGGAAGAGAAAGGAGGCUUACCCCUGGUUACCGAGACUCCGCAAUCUGAGCUGAGAGCGAGUGCUUCCAGGGUUCAGCAGAGGUUGUCCUGUUACUCCCUUAACGUCUCCAACCGUGUUUGGGAAUGAGGUCAAAAGACAGCUUCCAGUUAACGUAAAUUUUUCAGUGUCAAUUUAGACAAACCCAUAUGGAAACCUGAAACUUCUCGUAAACAUCAGCGACUCUUUACUGAUUCAGGAACGCCGUGAAGGGGAGGACACUGUGGUGUUCUUAGACCCCUGUGGCCCUCUCCACCCUCCUAAGGGAUGCUGCCGCCUUCCCUCCUGGUUCCCCUCCCAUCCCCUCUGGGUAUUCUUGGACCAGUUUUCAAAAAGCUUUCCCCACUUCUGCCUCAGUUGGUUUGGCUUUCUUACCACAUAUGCUCCCAGUUUAUGAGAUCUGCAUUUCCUCUCUGCCUCCUGAUGCAAACAUCUCAUGAUGAUCCAUACCAUUGCUGAUAAAACUUGUUUAGAGAUUUGUUGGCCUUGGUACAGAUGACAGUGUUUAACUGCUGAACACACUCAGUUUAACUACUUUCCAAUUAGAGUGUAGGCAGACACCCAAAUAUGACUUGUACUUCUUGAAUAUCCAUUAUUUAUUUUAAAUAAAACUAGGCAGGACUGCCAUUGGUCAAUGAACUACAACAAAAAUUUGGUAACUAGUAAUAGGAGAGUUUCUAUGCCAUGAAAAAGGUUGUCAUUUCUUUUGAUUAGUUAUAAUUUAUUAAUUCUUUGCCAAAGUGUUAAGUAUGUUUUUUCUUAUAAAGAGAAUAUUAGGAAAACUCAACACUGUGCAGAAAAGUACAAGAAUUAUUUUCAUUUUAAUGUUUUAUGCAUGUUCAUUUAAGAAAUGUGGUGUGGUCUUGAUAAAAAAAAAGUACUGUGUUAUUUAAAGUUAAAGGAACAUUUGUACUGAUAAAAAUGUACUUUAUUCCCACUUAAAAUUACCAUGUGAGGUUAAUGAUUAAAUUAGGUCUUUAUAUAGUUUUCAUAAGCCAUUUACAUAGGAAAUAUGCCUUAUUAUUGACACAAAUGUGAACCUUUUGUAGCACUUUUUGUAAAGGUACAUCUUUUUCAACUAUCCAUGUUAAUGUUUUUUCAAAACUGAAUGUAAAGAGGUAGUUCUUUUGUUGAAAAUAUGUGAAAAUUUAUGUAAUUAUAUAUUUCAUUUCUAUUUAUGUUCUCUUUGUUACAAAUGUGCUUAUAAGUACUAUUUGUCUAAAAUUGUUGUAUUUUAAAAAUGUGAAUUAAAAUAAAUGUUUGAUCGUUUUCAGA